UAUAUAUAUGCCUCUUUCUUGUGGAGGAUUAUAAAUCUUACAUUUAUUUACGUUGUUUUCAGUACUAUCAAUAUUUUAUCAAUUUUAGAUAUGAGAUUUAAUUUAAUCAUUUAUACAACUUUUUUCAGCUUAGGGCUUUGUGCCUUAAGCUAUAGUGACUCGCUUUUAGCUAUCCUAAAUAAUCAAAUCGAUCCUAAUGACAAUAGUAUUGGUGAAGUAUGGUUUAACACCACAGGAUACGGUCUAGCAGAUUAUGGGUUUGACAUGAUAGAUGACUAUGGUAUAUAUUCAUAUACAUCCUACAAUUACUUAGUUGCAUUAACUAAUUUAGCUAGUGUUGCAGUAUCAAAAGGUUACCAUGGUGAUGUGGUAUUUUUGUUCUAUAAAUUCCUUUAUGCUGGACAACACAACUCAACAUCUAUCGAUUACGAAUCUGACAUGCUUUUAGAUAUUGCAAAUUUGUUAUCAAGUAGUAGCGGUAAUAUAGUGAAGCGUGAUGCAACAUCUCUUUUCGACAUUUUGAUUAGCACAACAUCAAGUGAUGCAGUUUCAAAAGUAUAUGAACUUGCAUCUCAAGUGUCACCUGAAAAACUCGCAAAGGAGAAAAUCCUAUGAUAAAAAUAAACUUAUCAUAAGGCAAAACCUAUAUAAGAAAAUUAUAGAAAAUUAUAGGUAAGUAAAAGAAUUAAUCAGGCAUUUUCUACAAAAAUACCGGUGCAAACAUGGGUACUCAUAUAUAUAUGCCUCUUUCUUGUGGAGG